AUGAUUAAAGAGGUAGAAUAUGAAUCAGAAAAGACUACUAAAACAAAAUCACUGAAUAGGAUAUUUUGGUUAUUACUUGAGAUUCUAACUCAUGGUUGUUUAUUCAUAAUAUGUGAUUUAUUCAUUAUGUCAUGUACAUCAAUAAAUUCAAAUGGACCAUAUACAAUGGAAUUAAAAAUUGAAGCAAAUUCACAAGAUUCUAAAAAUUGUGUUGAUUUAAUUCAACAAAGUUUAAAAUUUGCAACUUAUUUAUCAAAUGAUUUAAAUAUAUAUGUUAAUGAUACAACUAAUGAUUCAGUUUUACAAAAAUUAGAUACUUUUUUUUAUGAAAAUAGAUAUUUUUUCAAUCCUUUGGGUUAUUGUAGAUUUGAUCAAUAUGGUUCAAAAAUUGGUUGUUUCAAUGGAGCUGGAUUAAAUAUAAUUGUAUGUUUAUUACAGGAUAUUGAAAUGUUAUUGUCAGAAUUAACUUCAUCACAAUUUCAACUUGUUAAAAUAUAUUAUAAUUUUGUUAAUCAAAUAUGUGGAUUUCAAAUGUCUAAAUCUUUUCCAUGUAUUUUUAAAACUUAUAAUAAUUUUGGAGUUGCUGUUCAAUGGUUGAGUUUAAUUGGAACAAUUUUACCACUUGUUGCUGGAUUGAUUUGUUUGAUUGAUUUAAUUUUCACAAUUAUGAUAAAAUCAAAGCUACAUAAAAUAUAUAAAAAUUUCACUAGAAUCCAAGCCAUCUAG